CAACAAGCAACGGUGACUAAUACAUUAUUAUUCUGCCGUCAGUGAGUCAACUGGGAAACAUGACGGAAAAAGUAGCGGUGGUCACGGGCGCCAACAAGGGACUCGGCUUUGCCAUCGUGAAAGGACUCUGCCGGAGAUUCAACGGCAUCGUCUACUUGACGUCCAGAGACGAAACCAGAGGUCUUCAUGCCAUCAAGAAACUGAACGGCAUGGGCAUCAAACCCAACUUCCACGUCCUCGAUGUGACUGACAAACAAAGCGUGACGGAUUUCGCGAGAUUCCUCAAGGAGAGACACGGUGGAUUCGACGUGCUCGUCAACAACGCAGCUAUCCUCGAGUGGGAUCAAGUCUACCCCUCGUUCGAAGCGGCCAAACGAAACAUCGACACCAACUACCGCAGUCUGCUGACGAUCGAGGAAGUCCUGUAUCCCCUGUUGAGAGACGGCGCCAGGGUCGUCAACGUGUCGAGCGCGUGCGGCCACCUUUCCAAUCUACGAAACAGAAGGUGGCUAAACAUCCUAACGUCCAAGGACCUGACCACCGAGGACAUCAAUAAUUUCGUCGACGAAUACUUGGAGAACGUUAAAAAUGGCACCGUCGAUAAUAACGAUUUCGCAGACGGCGGAAAACAUUCGGAGCACAGAGUAUCAAAAAUCGCUUUGACCGCACUCACGAUGGUGCAGCAGAAGAAGUAUGAGAAAAGGAAUAUUUCCAUAAACGCUGUAUAUCCCGGCCAUAUAAAGACCGACAUGGCCCAAGGGGGCGGACAGUUGGACCCAGACGAAGCGGCCGACACUGUCCUCUACCUGAUUUUAGACGCGUCACCGAAGAUAAGAGGAACUUUCAUGUGGGAUAAUAGGAAGCUGGUCGACUGGUACGAUGUUGAAGGAGAUUAUUAUUAUAGACAUCAGUGCUAAAAUAUAUUUUAAUGUAA